AUGGGGCGACUCGGUCUCUAUUGCUCGGCCUUGCUGCUUGCCCUCGCCCAAUUUGCUGUUGCACGGGUUCGGAUCAGUAGUCUUAAUUGGCUUCAUCUUAUAAUUACUCCCACUGCAGAUGCGGGCCUGGUCGGUGUAAACUACGGUCGAGUUGCUGACAACCUCCCGCCGCCGACGGAGGUGGUUCAGCUCCUGAAAUCCUAUGGCAUCGACCGCGUCAAGAUAUUCGACACUGACUCGACAGUCCUUAAGGCACUGUCGGGCACUGGCAUAAGUGUUACCGUCACCCUCCCCAACCAGCAGCUCUCAUCCGCUGCCAGCAGCUCGUCUUUUGCCACCACAUGGGUCCAGCAGAACAUUGCGGCCUACCACCCGGGCACCAGGAUAGAAGCCAUUGCCGUGGGGAAUGAGGUGUUCGUGGACCCAAACAACUUGACCGGGUUCCUCGUACCUGCCAUGAAGAACAUACACGAUGCACUGGUGAACCUCAACCUCAAUUCAUCCAUCAAAGUCUCGUCGCCGAUCGCCCUCAGCUCGUUGGGCACCUCUUACCCUCCCUCCUCGGGUUCCUUCAAGCCCGAACUGGCUGGGACAAUGGCGUCCAUGCUCGAGUUCCUCCGGCAGUACGGCUCCCGGCUCAUGGUCAAUGUGUACCCCUUCUUUGCAUACGAGUCAAACUCGGACAAAAUAUCUCUCGACUAUGCGCUCUUUAGGGAUGCGCAGGGAAUUGUGGACCCGAACAAUGGGCUCCACUACUUCAGCCUCUUCGACGCCCAAGUCGAUGCCGUUUUUGCUGCUAUGUCGGCCCUGAACCACACCGAUGUUGGGCUGGUGGUGACCGAGACAGGGUGGCCAUCUAUGGGCGACCAGCAAGAAAUCGGGGCAGGCAAGGAAAAUGCAGCCGCGUAUAAUGGCAACGUCGCGAGGAGGACAGUCGGGGCCGGUGGCGGGACGCCACUGAAGCCCCAGGCGAGUCUUACCGUAUAUCUGUUUGCCCUCUUCAACGAGAACCAGAAGCCGGGGCCGACAUCAGAGAGGAAUUUCGGGCUCUUCUAUCCUAACAAGGAAAAGGUUUAUGAUCUUCCGUUCCCUGUAAGGACCGAAGCAUAAAUGCGAGCAAAAGAUCGAAUCGAGGAUAAGCCUAAUUUAUCGUUUUUUAGUUUUGUUUUUAUUUUCAGUAGUUUCUUUCUGCAGUCACAGAUUACCACAUCAAACUAUUUGAUGAUAAAUUAAAGUCAUCUCGAUCGGCUUAUAGAAAUUACUUGAUACUUUCUCAAGUAGCCUGAGCUCCGUCACGGGAGAAAAUUUUGAUCGAUUCCGACUGACCGGGAACUCGGUUUCACUUGAAUGUCAUCUGGAAACAACUAUAUAUAUCGAACGAAGAUCCAAAUAAAGUCGCGGACUCGGUCCAACCUAGAAUCACGAAAUCCCUGUCAUACCAGCAAGGCAUUCUCCGAACUCCUCGGCUUUAAAUUCAAUCCCCAGACUAAAUUCUCCUGAGAUUACUCGCAUCCUAAGUUUG